AUGCCUCAGGUAAAACAACCAAAUUUGGUUUCUUGCAGCGGCGGCAGAGGCGGCGCGCAGCCAGAAGCCGCUGCGGCAGCUGCACUCCGCGCCGCCGGACCGCCGAGGCCUCCAGAAGAAAGCGCGCCCCACAUCCGGCCCGCACGUGCCUAUAUAUACAGUGGAGAUCGGGGCGGCGCGACGCCCACAGUGCACACGGCAGCCAUGUCGCCCGUCAUGCUGAUGUUGGCAUGCUGCACCAUAUUGCUGCUUGUGUCGUUGUGCGCAAUUCCUGUGGAAGCAUCAAGCACCAAGCUGCGCAUCCGCUUCCCGCAGCGCAUCGAAGUGCUGCACCGCCACCAGACGCUGCACCAGUACGCGGGCCGCUUCCCGUACGGGGCGCCGCUGCCGGCGGCCCACAAGCGGAGGCGGCUGUCGCCCGCGCGCAAGGCGUCCCGCCCCCGGAGGCGGCGCCCCGCCCCCGGCCGCGGCCCCUACGGUCUCGACUACGCGGGGGCGUACCGCUCGUGGGCGCGCGCUCCUCCCCACGGCCGCAGGAAGAGGCCUAAGCCGCCGCCCCCGCCGCCCCCGCCGCCGCUCAGCCUGCACGGCUACGAGCCCGACGGCCGCGAGACGUACGAGGACCAGGAGCUGCGGCGGGACCGCUACCCCUACCCGUACCACUACCACUACCAGAACCAGUACCACGGCAGGCCGGACAAGAGGCCGUCCUCACACUGGGAGAAGUACCCGCCCUACGACGAGGAGUAUAGUGACCAGCAGGAGGAGUACUCAGAGGGCGGCUACGGCGAGUACGACAGCAGGAAGGCGUCCAGGUACCCUGCAGCUAGCAGCGGCGGCAGGUACCGCAAGCGGCCGCGCAGGCCGCCGCCCCCGCACAGCGACGACGACCCGGACGUCGACGGCGGCUACCCCUUCUCCAGCUCCGGCAGCUACAGCUACCCUGGCAGGAGCAGGAAGAAGCGGCCGCCGUACUACUACCACGCGGACGAGUACUUGUCGGGGGACGAUCGGAUGUUCGGCCCCGCCUCCACUAUGACACCGACCGCCGCGCUGGGGGCGUGGUCGGACCCGCAGCAGGCCAGCAGCUACCUGCCGGAGCACUACUGGAGCCUCCAGCACGCGGACAGCGCCUCCUCCUCUUCCUCCUCCUCCUCCUCCUCCCCUUCCCAGCAGGAGGACCACUGGAGCCGGCAUUACGCCAACCACCGGCCCGCCAGCGAGGCUGACCGCUGGAGCCAGCAGUACUCCAGCCACCGUCCGGAGGGCGCCGACGCGGACUCCGGCACCUCAGGAAGCUGGCAGGGGGUGGGAGCGGAGGACCGCCAGUGGAAGCCCGCCACCCCCGCCUCAGAGUCCGACGCCGACAUCGGCUACGGCGAGGGGAUGGUCGACGCUGACGGCACCGUCUACUGAGCGGCGCGUCACGCCGCUGAGCAGCAGGCGCCGCGCCCCACCGGAACACCUGUCUCGCGCUCCAUCGCGGAACAGUCCCCACAAUGUUGCGCUCGCAACAGAGCGUUCUGCUUGACCGUGCCAGGCACAUCCGCAGUGAACAGGCACUGGAGGGUGUCUUUCGAGACCUAUGUGCAGAUAUUUAUUGGUAGACAUCCUCAUUAUUUAUUUGGCUUUGGUUCGUUGAACCACACUGCCAAAAGCUUGGUACAAAAAAAAAGUCAUAUGUAACGAGAAAAUACCUUAUAAAAAGGUUUGAACAAUGGUGUUAAAUCAUUUUACAACAAUCACACCAGUACAAUAAAUAGGUACAGUUGUAGAAACUUGAGAGAAAAAAAUAGAAAAUAAAAAGAACUCGACAGAGACUUGGAAGCAUACACCUGGUGAUUACAAUCUAUACGCAACCACAGAUGAAACACCAAAGUUUCAUGUAAACACGAUACAGUCUCGUAGAAAACAAUAAGCGGCUUUGUUAUUUCAAGAUCUUCAAGGCUUGUUGGAAGUGGCGCCUACAAUCACAUAAUAUUUCGCUGUAAGCUGUUUUGCUAUGCAACUAAGAAACUGCAGAAAAAAAACAGCAAGUAAUUGACAUCUCCCUCGCAUCUCUUACAUAAAGGAUUAUCCUUGAUGUGCGUGAGAUGUAAGUUGCGAGGGGGGGGGGGGGGGGAAUGAACAGUGGUUAGCACGCUUUCAUUCCAAGCUAAUUAUCAGGUUCCCGCUCACCUGAAAUUUUUGAAAGCAGGUGUUUCUUCUAACUGCUGUGAUGGAUCGCAACGUAGUACUGACCUUUGUGGUACAUUCAAAAGCACGGUUCUCUACCAAUUCUCGCUCGGCCAGUUUCCCCAUCCAUUACUUGAAAUUUGAGGAUACCAGACUGCAUUUCAUUAGGUGGUCAGAAACACUCACCUCCUUCGGUUAUUGGUAGCAGGGCCCACAGACAAGGUAUUCUCGUACCUCUUUGUAUGAUAACCAGUAUUUAAAUAUUCAUUUUACUCUUCCACUUUGGGUUAUCAAUAUAUUGCACUACGCUUUUUGAGUGUGGCUCUGACAGCAGGUUUUGGAUUCCCACAUGGCGACCAAGUUUGAGAGUCUCUCGACAUGUUAUCGCCUCCGCGAUAAAAAUCGAAUAAUGUGGGGGGACUGGGGCAGUCGAAAUUUCUUGGAAUAUUUCAGCUUUUGGACAAAACAUGUACGUACUGCUUCUGAAAUUUCUUGCUAAAAUUGGGCUAUGUCCAGUACUUGCUUGCUUCCCUUCUGUAAUUCAUCAAGAAUGCAUUUACUGGACAAUUAGGACAGGUCAAGAAACGUUCCACAUCUUGAUAUCCAGCACAAUCACACCUACCAUCGUAUUCAUCUAUAAGGCUCCACUUUAUUAUUAUUUGCCUUCACUGGCGCCACGCACUUUCUGAUGCAGUUCAGGUUCGUCCAAAUCUUCGACCUCAAGUUCUCGCCGCUGGGCAUGUGCUGUAGUGAAGGACAAUAGUUUGGAGGUUCGGUACAUUCUUGGUUCAAGAAUCCCUUGAGGGAUUUAAGUGUUCCAGGUCCAUAGAAAGUUCCACAAAGGGAUGGUGUUCAUCCAAGGUUUUCUCAGUGUGAUCGUAACCUGCGCUUCGGGCAUUAUUUAUAUGGAAAUGAUCUUCAGUUAUUGUUACGUCGAUUAAAGGCUACUGGUUAAAAAAAAGAAAAAAGAAAAACCUAGACAACCUAGACCACCAGACGGCCUCCACCGAAUACUACUUUUUAAGGCCCAUAUCAUAUAACACCCAUGUUGUUGUGAUCUUCAGCCAGAAGACUGGAUUGCUGCAGCUCAUCAGGGUAGUCUGUUCUGGCCAAACCUAUUCAUCUUUUCGAAAGUAUUACAAUUUAAUCCUGAACCUGCUUCCUGUAGUCAACCUUUGGUCUUCCCCAAAAAAUUUUCCUCCAUACCCCAAACUGCCCUCCACUAUCAGAUUGACUAUUCAUCGGUGUGUCAGGAUGCAUACUACGAUGCAACUCUUUGUUUUAGUCAGGUUGUGCUGUAAAUUUCUUUUCUCCACGUCUCUAUAUAGAGUAACUCUUCAUUAGCUAUCCGCUAACCCAUCUCCAACAUUCUCCUGUGGCUCUACAUUUCAGAAGCUUCUAUUUAUAUUUCUCUCUGGUCAAUACUCCAAAUAUUUAGGGAUAGAUUUACCAGCACUUCUGUUAAUUUAAAAUAUUUCUCUUUACCACACAAACUUUGCUUCUGACUGCAAGUCUUCACUUUAUACCUUCUCUGUUUCGGCCAUCGUCAUUAUUUUACUGUCAAAGUGGCAGGCUUCAUCUGCUACUCCUACCGUCUCUUUUCCUAAUAUCCUGAUUCCCUCUGCAUCACCUCGAUUAAUUCGUCUGCGCUUCAUUACAUUUUCUUUAAUAUGGUUACGAUAUAUUUUCAAGACACUGUGGACAUACUUAAGCUGAUUUUCCAGAAACUGCCAUAUCGUCCGCUAACCUCAGUCUUUCUAUUUCUUCUCCCAGAAUUUUAGUACCCAUUUCAAAUUUCUCUUUCGUUUCCCUUACAGCGUGGUCUAUGUACAGAUUGCAAAACAUGGGAGAUAAGCUAUAGACUUGCCUCAUUCCACGGUCAACAGAAGCCUCCUUUCACAUCUUUUCUGUCUUGUAAUUGUAGUUUAGUUUCUGUUCAAGUUGAAGACAAUCUUCUGCUCCCUGUGUUUUAUCCCUGCUACCUUCAGAAUUUCAAAGAGUGUAAUCAUAUAGCAUGUCAUUCCGUGAAGUUUCACAAUUCAAUGACAGAGAUUUUUGCCGUUCUCUGAGUACGUUCGUGCAUUCGUAUUGCGCUUAGUGGUUUAUGUUUAGCUGCACCACCAUCAGAACCUGACCAGGGCUCCUUAUGCUCAGAAAUAAUUGAUACUAUCUGUCUGCAGUUACAUAUUCUUGCGUUUAUUGCUCGAGAUCAGUUUGGAAACCAUUCCUUCACGUCAGAAACAGUCCGCUGUCAGCGCAGUGCCUUAGCAUAUGUUAUGCAAAGAUCAGUAAUGUACAGGUGGAUGCGUCAUAUUUUAUUAUGCUCAUGGAUGAAAAUUGUUUCGAAGCUGGGUCGCUGAAUGGAGCAGUACCCUCUUGCGAUUCCUUUAUUUUGCGAUGAUUAAACGCCUGUUGAAUUUUAGUAUUCCAAACUUUGCAAAACUCAGCAAAUCCACCUCUUUAUUGGCAAAACAUUUUUCAUUUUCUACACCUAUGCUUAAGAAUAUUGUUCAUUUAUCACGGAUUGUAAAAAAUUCGAAGUAGAAUAAUGAAAACUUGUAUCAGGCCCCUGAAAAUUGAAAACUUUCCAUUUUACUCAGCACAUCAACUACCGGAAGCAGCUGCUACAUUAAGGUCAGUGUCGCCUGCUGUGAGGUUUCUCCGUGACAAGGAGAGCAAGCAACUUAUAACUGUGAUACUCCAUGAAUUGCCGGGAAAGUGUAAGAGUAUUUUCGAAAUCAUAAAAUGAAAAUUGGAUAAGUGAUGCUGGAGGAUAGUAUGAAGCAGUGGUGUUCGUCGAAGGCGAGAUGUAGAGAGAGCUUCAUGCUAGCGCAGUUUGUAUUUCCGUAAAUUAUUUCGCAAACAGGAUUUACUGUCUGGAAUUGACAGUAAAGCAAUCUAGAACCCUGAAAACAUUUCAAGAAUGCGAGAAGUGUAUGUUAUGAAGUGUGUUGGACUUUUAAAACAUGCAUGGACAACACCAAUACUGUAACAAGCGUUUUCCUCGUGAGUGGUACACAUUUUUGUUUAGACCGCUGUCUUGAUUUUCGGAGCAUGUGCAAUAUUUUUUGUAUUCCUAUGCUUGUAUUUAUAUUUUUAUAUUCUAAUUUUUAAUGACAAUAUUUCCUGCUUUUAAUAAAAAUGUUAUUUUUUCAACUAA